GCCCAUGUCUGGUUAGUCGAAGAUUUUUGGCACCGCACAGCUUCCGUAGAGGCGGUCUGUGCUUAGUGUUACGGUUAAAGUCUCCUGUGUGCUAAUUGUUCACGGUUUAAUACGUACAAAUCUGUUUGGCACCAAGAAGUCUCGAUGUCGUCGGACACUCUGAAGAAGCGGAAGUCAAAGGUUGUCCGCAGUGAAGGAGGGACCCCGGAGAUGAAGCGAGGUCGCGGAGAUGGGGACGCACAGGAUGUGCGUGUAUAUAGUGAAGAGGUGGAACUGGAAGGCAGGGACCCUGAACAGGACUAUACGCAGUACAAAGAAUCAUGUGAGAGUUUGGCCACGCUCAUGGGCGAAAUCCAGGAGCUUAAAGCCAGCGGGGCCAAGGACGGGAGUGUGGAGGUCGAGCAGAGACGUAUGCAAGGCUGCAUUCACUUCAUGAAUCUGAAAAAACUCAACCGCUUGGCUCAUAUGCGACUAAAGAAAGGCAGAGACCAGACACAUGAGGCAAAGCAAAAAGUGGAUGUGCUGCAUCUUCAGCUACAAAACCUGCUGUAUGAGGUUAUGCAUCUUCAGAAGGAGAUCAGCAAGUGUCUGGAGUUCAAGUCUAAGCACGAAGAAAUAGACCUGGUGAGUGAAGAAGAGUUUUACGAUGAGGCACCUCAGGAAAUUUCCAGGCCUCACCUGACAAAAAGUGAUCCGCACCAACUCACGCUGGCACGACUGGACUGGGAGCUGGAACAGAGAAAGAGGUUGGCUGAGAAAUACAAGGAGUCCCAGGCCUCAAAGGAAACCAUUCAAAAGAGCAUCGAGGUGAAGAAGGAGCAUCUGUCCAGCUUGCAGCCAGGACUCAAUGCCAUCAUGCAGGCCUCACUCCCAGUGCAGGAGUAUCUGUCCAUGCCCUUUGAACAGACUCAGAAACAGACUGAGGUCGCACGUCACCUGCCUCCACCUCUCUACGUCCUCUUUGUUCAAGCAAAUGCCUAUGGUCAGGCCUGUGACAAGAGCCUGAUUGUCUCAAUCAGAGGGGAUGUGGAGGAAGCCAAGGCUCUUUCCAAACCUCCGGAGGAUUCUCAGGAUGAUGAAAGUGAUUCCGAUGCAGAAGAGGAGCAAGAGAAAACGAAGAGAAGAAGACCAACUACAGGCGGCCAACUGGAUGACAAAAGACGAGAGAUGUUGAAAAGGCACCCUCUGUCUCUUGGCUUGGACGUGAAGUGUAAAGAUGGCAGCAUACUCCAUCUCUUCUUCUACUACCUGAUGAAUCUGAACAUUAUCACGGUGAAGACCAAGGUCUCCACCUCCACGGACCUCAGCACAGCCAUCAGCGCGGGGGACCUGCUGAAGUCAGACACUCUCCUCAGCUGUCUCUACACCAACGACCUGGGACGAGAAACGCCCAAUCCAGCUAAUCGCUACCAGUUUGAUAAAGUCGGGAUUGUUUCCUUUCUGGAUUAUGUGGAGGAGCUCGGCCACCCCUACAUGUGGGUUCAGAACCUCGGAGGACUACAGUUUCCCAGCGAUGCUUUAGAGAGUGUGCGUGUGGUCAGUACUCUGAGCGCCAGCCACAUGGAGAACACUAUGAAGCUGCUGAGAGGACGAGUCCAGUCCCGCUUGGCUUUGCACAAACAGUUUGCCUCUUUAGAGCACAGCAUCAUCCCCGUCUCCAGUGAGUGUCAGCACCUGUUUCCUGCCAAGAUCAUCUCCCGUUUAGCUCGAUGGACCACUAUGAGUCACCAGGAGUACAUGGAUCUGCCAUAUACACGUCACGUGACGGAGGCUGGUCUGGCGAAGGAGACUGAUCUGUAUUUCAUGGGAGUUAUCGAAAGAGGCACAGCUCGCCUCCACUCUGCUGUUGUGCUGAGCCCUCGUUACCCAGAGAUCUCUCCUCUUUUCUCGCUCUGCCUCAGCUGGAAAGGAGAGCGCAAUGGACGCACUGAUGACAACCUCAGGGCCAUGGAGAGCGAAGUCAAUGUGUUCAAAAAUGAACUGCAGGGCCCACGUCCUGGACACCAGCUCCUGACCAAUCAGAUAUCCCGCCUGUGCGUCUGCCUGGAUGUGUAUUUGGAGACAGAAGGACAGGAUGACGGCGUGGAAGGACCACGAGAGUUCCCCCGUGAAAAGAUGUGCUUGCGCACUGUCAGGGGUCCAAACCGUCUGAAGCCGUUCAAGUACAACCAUCCUCAGGGUUUUUUCAGUCAUCGCUGAAUCCGUGUGUGUGUAUAUAUUGUACAACUCUCUCAAGCUCAACUUUGUGACUCUUUGUCUCACAAGGUGUCGUUUUUAAGUCUUCAUACCAGUCGUGAAAAUAAAACAUUUCCUUGUUAUUUUCUUUAA